AUCCUUUCCACUGUCGAUGAUAACAUACAUGACUUUAAUGCGACCAAAUUGAUUUUGCUUUUUUCUUGUCAAGUUAUGAUUUGCUUAGACAACGCGCAUCCAGCCAAAUGACCUCCUUGCGCGCUGGCCCGACCGGAACCACAUCUUCCCCUUUCGGCAGUGGGUCUUCGUCGUCUGAUGGGCUUCUGUACACUCCGGCCUCCGACAGAUCAGAGGAGGAGGAUGGCCCAUCCUCAUCGCGGCCCUCUCGUCCUACCAUAGGAUCUCUGAAAGUCCAGACGGACUUCAGUGAUGACGCUGACCUUUCGGGUUCAUCCGACGAUGGGCUGGACGAUGGAUAUGAUUCCUAUGAUGAUAUCCGGCCCAAUUCAAGCAGAGAUUCUCACGAUUUUCUGAAGUAUACGAUUGAGGAGGAGCAACAGGUGGUCAAACGCUUCGAUCGCAAACUCGUUCCAUUUCUGGCGUUGUUAUACUUGCUUUCCUUUCUCGACCGGUCAAACAUCGGCAAUGCAAAGAUUGCCGGCAUGGAGGAGGACCUGCAGCUUUCCUCCUCGCAGUAUGAGUGGCUGCUCACAGCCUUCUACAUCACCUACAUCCUCUUCGAAUGGAUGACUCUGAUGUAUCGACUGGUGCCUGCGCACAUCUACAUCGCCCUGUGCGUCUUUGGAUGGGGCCUCGUCGCCUCUUUCCAAUCGCUCGCCACCUCCUUCGGCGCGCUCGUCUUCCUUCGCGCAGCGCUGGGAAUCACCGAAGCAGCAUUCGGGCCCGGCGUGCCCUUCUAUCUCUCGCAAUUCUACAAGCGGGAGGAACUCGCCUUCCGCAACGGGCUCUUCAUCUCCGCCGCCCCGCUGGCCUCCUCCUUCGCCAGUAGCCUCGCCUGGGUGAUCGUCAAGUUCAGCAGCGGAGGCCCCAUUGCCCCCUGGCGCACCUUGUUUCUGGUGGAAGGGUUCCCCAGCGUGAUUGUGGCCGUCUUCGCCUGGCUCUGGAUCCCCGACUCCCCCGGGACCGCGCGGUUUCUGAACUCGCGGCAAAGAAUGAUCGCGCAGCUCCGCAUGGAUGACAGUAGUAGUGGCAUUGGCAGUGGUACUUCAUCACGGCGACUUGGAGGGGCAUUUGACUGGGGGGAAGUCAAAAAGACCCUCGCCGACCCCAAAGCGUACAUCACCGCUUUCAUGUUCUUCAGCUGCAACGUCGCCUUCAGCUCCAUGCCCGUCUUCCUACCCACAAUAAUCGCAGAAAUGGGCUACACCCCACUCCAAUCCCAAGCCCUCAGCGCACCGCCUUACCUCCUUGCCUUCGUCAGCGUCCUCCUCACAGCCUACUACUCCGACCGCCACCGCCGCCGCAGCCCCUUCCUGAUCGCCCACGCCCUCGUCUCGGCCACGACGUACCUCACCCUCGCGCUCACGGGCCACUACCACGGGUUCUUCUCCGACCGGAACCUCACCACGCAACAGACCACCCUCCGCUACGUCAGCCUCUACCCGGCCAUCGCGGGCUUCUUCUCCGCCAUCACGCUGAUCAUCACCUGGAGCAUGGACAACCGGGCUGCGCAGGAGGGCAAAGGCGCCAGCGUCGCGCUGCUGAAUCUGGUGGGCCAGUGCGGGCCCUUGCUGGGGACGCGGCUAUACCCUGCCCGCGAGGGGCCGUGGUAUGUGCGGGGCAUGGGGGUGUGUGCGGGGUGUAUGGUUCUCGUGGCUGUGUUGGCGGUGGUGUUGAGGGGGAUGUUGGGGAGGGAGAAUCGGAGGGUGCAGCAAGGGAAACAGGGGGGAGGGGGGAGGGGGAGUGAGGAGUUUGAGAUGGAGAGGAGGGAGGGCGGGGAGGAGAGUGAGGUGUUGAUUUUGGGGGAGAGAAGGAGAGGGUGGAGGGACGGUGGGAGGAGGAAGGCUGUUGGGGAUGUCGGCGCUGGGUAUAUCCUUUGA